AUGUUGACUCUGGCACUUGAUAAGGAUUCCACUGUUAGCCCACGUCUAGCUGCUGCCGCCGGCAUCCUCAAAGUCAUAAGAGGCGCCUAUUCGGAGUUAUGCCAAGAGGGUUGGGAGCGAGCGAUUGGUGCAUCCGACGAAGACGACACUGACCUGCACAAGCUCGCCAGAGGGUAUCUUCAUGCUCACCUGCCGCAGUGGCUAACAGGCGCGGCUGUAAGAGAGUCCUCGCUUGUCAAUGAUGGUCCACUUCCUGGGCCUGAGGAUCCCGGAGCUCCCCAGGCGUAUCUUCAAUCGUUAUCCUUCGUUUUGGGGGUGCCUAUGGCGGGCAACGAGACCGUGAUAGAAUUUGAUCCCGAAAGGGCUGCCGAUGGUGAGCGCGAGCGACAGCUGGCCUUUGAUGCGAUCCACCAAUCUUCGUCGGCAGCGCGAUCGGGAGCGCGGGGUCAAAUGUUAGAGCCAGUGGCGAGAAGUUUCUCGUCGGGCGAUGCCACUCAGCAACAUACCGUAUCGCGAGUACAUGUGCCGAGCGGGAUCAGCCGGCCCGCUGAAGUGAUCCAAAGCCUGGCCGAUCUGGACCUCUUCUAUUCUGAUGAGGGACGACAGGAGACGGCUGAGUCCACUUCCCGUAGUAUGUCUGAAGCUUCUGAAGAGGGCGGUCUCGAAGGACUGUCUCGGGAGGCGGCGCCUACGGUGGACUUGGUCUCGCUGUUUGCUGUACAUAAGGAAGCCCAUUCUAUCGGAAGGAGCACCGGCGAGGUCGUAACUGGAGAGGACACUGAGUCUUCCGAGGAAAGUGAUGAGUGUGAAGACGCAUGA